AUGAAGCUCCCCCUGAGUUCCAUUUUCCGGUCCCCAUUGAUCCGUUUCCAAGCCAUUUCACGUGCAUCUCGUCCAACAACCUUUGGACAAUCAAAUUCUCCCCACCAAAUCCGCGCUUUCCUAGUCUCCACACCAAGAGCCCUCCAAACAAAAAACCUUACCUCGAGACAAAAAGCCACUGAAGAAGACAAAUCCCAAUCAGAUGCGGCCCCACAGAGUACAGUUUCAGAAGAGAUUGGCGAUUUUGCAAAAAAGCAUAUCGAAGAUGUCCCCCAGCAAUCUACAUCCUCUGUUACAGCAGUGCAGAAAUCACUUGAACCUCUUUUGAGAGAAAAUGGUGGGAAAUGGGUUUUGGCAAAUGAUAGAAUGUCUAUGGAGAGGGCCAUUACAUUCAAGGGAUUUAAAGAUGCCUGGAACUUUAUGAACGCCAUCGCAGCAAAAUGCAAACAAGAGAGGCAUCACCCAGAAUGGGUCAACAUCUACAACAAGGUAUUCAUCCGCUGGACCACGCAUGAUCUUCCCGGUCUAACAGCCACCGAUAUCCUAAUGGCCACGUUUUGCGACGAACAAGCUAUCAUACACAAAGAAGUAUACAAUGUCUCAAAAAAGGAACACCUCUCAGAAAAUACCCAGCAUGAAAAAUUUCUCAGUCAAGCUCAUCAGAUUGCUAAUAAGCUAUCGUCGAAAUGA